AUGGUGCUUCUCAAGUCGAACUGCAAAGUCACAAACUUUUUACACUCUGCCAAACGCUUUGUCAAUGCCGUUGGCUCUGAGGCUCGUUCCUGGGGAGGCAAAAUGUUCGCAAUCGGUUGGCAAAAGGCAAUGGUUGCAUUCCAACUUUUAGGGCUCUACCGCAACAAAGCCGCUAUUACCAGACAUCCGGAAGAUUACCAACAUCUUAUGCAGAACUCGCCUCAAGUUUCAAGCAUCCUUGGUAGAAUGUUCCGACGGCUCGCUAAUGUCGCUUUUUCCGAAAAUCAACAGCUGAUGAACGAAUACUCAAUUCCAUCUAUUGGUCAUCCGGAUUUCGACAUGCCAAUUGGGGAUGACGAUUGUGCCCCAAACCUCACUUUUACCGCUGGAGGAUUCUUUAACCCGCCCCAUUGCGACACUCAAGAUUUGUCGGAGUUUGCUUUUGGGAUAUUCCUCCCUGUCAAUAAGCAUGACUUGUCACCCGCAACCGGUCCCACUCAGUCAAACUCAUCGGCUGGAGCAUUUGUCUUCCCAGAUUACAGAUGUGGCAUCGACUUUGCAAAAGCUAACGGAAUCGUCAAACUCGUUUGGAGGGCACGUGAGGCUCGACAUUGUACCUUAUUUUCAGAUGUCGAUUCACCUUACGAGCGGCUAGGAAUGUCAAUUCAAAUCAAUAAAAAGACUGCCACAACUUCCCAGGACACCAAAAGCGGUGCAAUUUUCAAUCGGCCUGCAUACAAGAAUAUACCAAAGGAGAAACUCUACAUAGGAAACCUCCAAACUUACGUUGAUGGAACCCACUAG